AUGAUGCCCAAAUCGAAUCAGACAGAUCAGGGACUUUUACGUGAUACCCAAAAUACCAAUAAUGUGGCACCCAACUCAGUUGCCACCACUACUUUGACAUCUUCUACCCAAUCUGGAAGCAGUAACAACAACACGAACAAAAAAUUGGAGUACAUAGGCGUGUACAAGAUUGGUCCAGAAAUUGGCAAAGGAUCAUUUGCCACGGUCUAUAAAUGUAUUGACACCACAAAUAACAAAGCUGUGGCUAUCAAAUCCGUGUAUCGGUCCAAAUUAAAAUCGAAAAAACUACUAGAAAACUUAGAAAUCGAAAUACAAAUAUUGAAAUCAAUGAAACAUCCUCAUAUAGUGGGCCUAUUAGACUAUAAACAAACAACAAGUUACUUCCAUCUAGUUAUGGAUUAUUGUUCGAUGGGUGAUUUGUCGUAUUUUAUUAGGCGAAGAAAUAAUUUGGUGAAAUCGCAUCCAGUCAUUUCGAGUUUGUUGCAUCGCUAUCCAUCUCCAGAAGGGUCUCACGGGUUGAAUGAAGUAUUGGUUCUCCAUUUUUUGAGACAGCUCUCGUCUGCACUUCGAUUUUUGAGAGACAAGAGUUUGGUACAUCGGGACAUUAAACCGCAGAACUUGUUAUUAUGCCCUCCAGUUCAUUCGAAACAGGAAUUCAUUGAUGGUGAGUUUGUUGGUAUGUGGGAAUUACCAAUAUUGAAAAUAGCUGAUUUUGGCUUUGCUCGUUUCUUGCCCUCAACUUCAAUGGCAGAGACUUUGUGUGGCUCUCCUCUUUAUAUGGCACCAGAAAUUUUGCGUUAUGAAAAGUAUAAUGCCAAGGCAGACUUAUGGUCCGUUGGGGCAGUCCUAUAUGAGAUGACAGUGGGGAAACCUCCUUUCAAAGCAGGAAACCACAUAGAAUUGUUGAAAAACAUCGAGAAGGCAAAAGAUAAAAUCAAAUUUCCCUCAGCAGCCAAAGUGCCCGAGUCGUUGAAGCAAUUAAUCAGGUCCUUGUUGAAAUACAACCCAACAGAGCGGAUUUCUUUUAAUGAGUUUUUCAAUGACUCAUUGAUAACUUGUGACUUGGAAGACAACGAUCAACCUCUCGAAACCUCACAUAUGGAUGAAAAUUUGUUUAUCAGUGAAUAUAUCAGCCCUAUAGCUCCUGCAGAACGGUCGCAGUUUUUUAAAGAGGAAAAGAAGAAUGAUACAGCCGUUAGAAGCCCAUCACCAACUGCUGAAACGAUUCCACGUCAGGACAAUACGGUACAACCAAUGACGAAAAUUGCAAGCCCUGUACCUGACAAUUUUGCACUUUCUAUCGCUCAAAACUCGUCUGAGUUUAAUUUAAAGAAGGAUGAUAUGAAUUUAGAAAAAGAUUACGUUGUUGUUGAGAAAAGGGCGGUUGAAGUGAAUGCACUCGCAGACGAAUUAGCACAUGCUGGUACUGGGGUGGAUGCCAUUUCUAGCUCACGCAAGAAUCUGGAUGCAGACCAGGGUAAUAGAUUAUCAUCACUGCAGCAACAGCAACAAGCAGAAACAACUCAGUAUCGAAGAUCGUCACUGAAUGGAAGUCAAAAACGACCCAGUUUUUCUGAAAGACGGAUUUCACUUUCGCUUUCACCCACCAAUGCUUUAACAAAGGCAAUUGGGUUAGCUUCGAAUCGAUUGUUUGGGUUGACUACCAGUAGUCUGCACGCAAAUGUGUCAGCUAUAGCCGAAGAUGACGAUUCAUCCACAAGCAAUAAUGAUUCGUCGUCUUUUUCAACUGUCAUUCCAUCUACAAACAACCAUGUUAUUUUGCAGAAACUCAACCUUGCUACUAUGGGUGAACCCGGUACUGAGUUCGACUUAGGGAGUGCUUCCAAUUUAGAUGAUCAAAUACUAGACAAGUUAGAGUUGAUUGCAAACAUUGCUAAUGCAGUCAAUUUGUAUGCUGAUGUUAAAUUCAGCCAGAUUAUUCCCAGUCCGCCAUCUUCAGACGGGAUAGAGGAUGACACCGAGAUGUUGCCUCCUAAGAUUGUUCAUAUGAUCAGUCAAGAAGGGAUCGGUUUAUAUAUUAAGACGUUGAGUUUGUUGGGAAGAGCCAUGGAUAUUGCUGGUCAAUGGUGGUUUGAAAAGUACGAUGCAGUUCACGGCGAAAGACCUAGCCUUGAAACGACGGUUAGAAUAAACCAAAUAGUUCAAUGGAUCAGAGAAAAAUAUAACAUUUCCCUUGAAAGAUUAGAGUUUUUGAAAAGUAAGAGUGAUUUUACUGCUGAUGAAACUUUAGAAGAUAGUGAGUCUUCUAAUGGGACGGCAAGAGUGCAACAGACAAUUUUUGCUGCUGCUCUUGGAAUUGCCAGGGAGACCGCACUUAAGGAACUUCUUCGCAAUAGCACAGAUAUAGAAUGCUCCUAUAUCACAAGUAUAUAUAUGCUUUUGGCAAUACUCGAAGAUCUCGAAGAAUCUGAUCGCCAAGAAGUGAAAAAGAUAGUCGAGAAAAUUAACUCCCGUUUGAAAAAUUUCAUGGGGAAAUGA